AGUUUAAGAUGGUGAAGGCAUUUCGUUUAUGUUUUUUUCUUUCGUUUCGUCGUCUUUUGAAUCCAUACACACACGUUCAUUUGAUAUUGGUUUCUUUAUCGAAGGAGAGAAUAUAUACGAAUAUAUUUUGAUUUUUGAUUUUUGUGUAAAGACCAAGACAGUGAUUAGUUUUUUAAUUGUUUUUUUGAUAUUCAAUUUUCAAUUUAUGAUGGCAUUUCGAUCUUAUCCCAACUUCCAAACCGAUGUCUACAUAGUAGCUGCGAUGUUGAUGUUUUAAUCAUUCCAUGUGAUUUACAAUUGAAAACAUUGACGUACUUUUUUGACAUUUGAUUCUACUAUCAAUCGAAAAUUUAAACUGUUCGCCAAAUCAGUGAACUAUAUAGACGUUGGAAAAAUGACCUAACAAAAGUAAAUUUGUUCAGAGAAAAUCGAUGGUUCGACAUGUGAAAUAUUUUGAAUAUACACAUUACACAUUGAUCUAGAGAUGUGUACGCAUAUGGUGAUAUACUGCGUGUUACACACGCACAUCACACUGACACGAAUUCGAAUUAAUCGAACUGCAAACGAACAAUUUACGUAAAAUAUACCACACAUUUUGUGUGUGUAUGCAACACAGAAAACAAAAAUCAUACAAAACAGUCUGUGGCGCGAAUCGAAAAUAAAGUUGUUUUUGUCUCGAUACCAGAACGAAAAAGUUCAUCACAUUUCAACAUGUUAUUGUGGUUGUCCUUUUGAUGAUUGUUUAUAAGUUUUAUAUUUUUGGGCAUCGGAAUGCAUCCACCAAUAAGAAGUCAUUUUUAUCCACGUAAAUAAAUGCGCCUAUUUUUAAAAUGACAAAGAAAAAACUUGUCCAAGAUUGUUUUCAAUUCUCUUACAGCGGUGGACCUUCAAAAAGAAUUAGCUCGAGCGUAUAUAUAAGCCAAUCGGAUUUUUAUUUGCAUCCAAAACAUUCGAAUCUCAGUGAGAACAGUCCAUUGUCAAGCGGCAUCCAACGAAUAGAUCGAAUAAGUAACAAAAAUAACUUUGUUCAGCAGAAAAGAACAUUUCUGACUACUGUUUUUGGAGGAACAAAGCAGAGAAGAAAUUGACUUUCAUCAGAAAAGAAUUAAUCCGAAGAACGAAUUAGCUCGCCAAACUUAGGACUUUGUGCAUUCUGUGAACCGUGUGCAAAGGUGAGGCAGCAUUUUUUUUUUUCUUCUUCAAAAACUCGAAACAAAUCAAUUGGAUGUGAAUCGAUGCUUCACGGAAUGGGUCUUAUUCAGUUAUACUCAACACCAAAAACGAGUGCGCCAGUGAAUGAUCCACAGGCGUCGACCCGUUGUCACGAUGAGAAUCCAUCGUUUUGUCGCUGCCAAAAGACCGAAGUACAGCGAAAGCCAACGGAAAAACCAAAGCCAAAAUGUCAAAUGCCGAGUCAGCUAACCGAUCGCGAAGGGGCGCGUAAGGUGUACUUAGAUCCACCAAAAGGUGAUAAAACGAAUCUCCAAAUACCACCCGAUACAUGCCGAUGCGGUGAAGACGCAUGCCAAACCAUCAAUUGGACUUGGGACCGGCAAAAUGUGCAACCGCAAACCAUCAUUCAAAAUCACACCGUACAAUUCCAUCCAAUAUACAGUCAGGGAACAUCGGUCAUUCGAAGUAAUCAACCGCUCACAUCCAACAUGAUCCAUUACUGGGAAGUUAAAAUCGUCCAUUGGCUUUCGGGCACUGACUUGAUGGUGGGUAUAGGUUCAGAUGCCGUGAAUUUAAUGGAGUAUCGCUACAAAUUUGCCAGCGUUCUUGGUCUAGAUAAUCGAUCGUGGGGCUAUUCGCAUCGCGGCAUGAUACAGCAUAAAAAUAUUCUCAAAUACUAUGGCAAAUCAUACACAAAACGAUGCAUUGUCGGUGUGUACUUAGACUUAUCACGUGGCCACUUGGAAUUCUACGUGAAUCGAAUUCCGCAGGGUAUUGCAUUCCGAAAUAUACCACUGGAUAAAGAAAAACUGUACGCCAUGGUCUGUUCAACAUCGGCCAAAUCAUCGGUGCGUCUUAUAAAUACCACAUCAUUCCGCGACUGCCUUCAAUUCCGCUGCAUGAAAGUCAUCACUAAAUAUCCACAACUGUUGGAUAAAGUGCAAAACAUCCCCGGAUUGGCCAACUUAUGUCGCGAUGUGUGGUUCAUGUUUCCAAAAGAGCGGUAUCAGUAUUCAGAGAAGUCCAAUGACAGCCAACAGGAGAAUAAUCUUGGUGCGCAAAUUUCAACGGAAUCCAAAUUGGACGAUGCCGAGUUAGAUGAACAUCAAUCAAUGGAAUCAAUGGAAGUGAUUGAUGACUGUGAUAGUUUGCCGGGCAAUAUCAUUGACUCAUCCAACGAGCACGAGGAUAUUGACGAAGCAAUUUUCCUACCAACAUUCAAAGAAGAACCACAACAAAGUAGCGAUGAUGAUGACCCCGUUUAUGAUGAUGGCGAUUAAUGACAUGCAUUUUUUUUUUUAAUUUGUCACAAUUCAAAAACAAAUCACAGAGAUUCAUUUUCGGAUAGAGAGUUUAGAGCGAUUUUAUCUUAAUCGAAAUAAUUUACUUCCUAAUUAUAAUGCUUAAGUUUUUUAUUUGAAAAAUAGAAAUAUCAACCGAACCGAAUUUUGCACGGUCGAGUAGUUUUUUUCUUUUCCAUGAUGAACGUUUAUAUACAACAUCAAUUUUCGAAACAGAAAACAAAAAGACAAAACGCCUUUAUUUUUCUCUCUUAAUUUCUAUAAUUUAUUUGUUAUCAGAACAAUCGUAAUAUUAGUUACUUAUGAAGUCUUUUGAAGACUUUUGAAUGGAGACUGUAAUGAAAAUCGCGCAACUAUCAUUUGUCGAUGCCACAAAUUUGUCGAUGCUACAUAUCCAGAAGUCGCGCUUUUUUAUAUAUUUAUAUAUUCAUAUAUCAUUUUAUUUUAUGUUUAUAAGCGUUUCAGUUUACAGAAACAAAAGUAAUAAACGUUUGUUGUUAUUUGUAUUUUGCAACAUUUUGAUGAGAAAAAAAAACAGGAUUUGUUAAUCUUUUCAUUUCAUUAAAUAAACCUUUAUUGAACAAAA